AACCCCGGGAGAUUGAUUCCAAUUUCCUUCAAUUCAUUGCAGUAGUUACGGGUUUAAUUUCUGUAUAAUAAACAACACCUACCCAUAUUUAGCACGCGCCCCACGCGCCGGUCACGGGGGGCCGCCGUCGAGUGCGGUCCAAUCCCUUUAUAGAAGCAAUGAAUAUGAGUACUGCUAACCUUCUCCAUUUUGUCAAAAAGGGGCAGAAGCAAAAAGCAAGGAAAUUUGCUACAGAAGCAGUGAAUGAAUGAGAAUCAUGUGAUCUACCUCUCACUCUUCUCUUUUACUCUUGAAUCACCGAAGGCAAUAAAUUUCUCCACCCAACAAACGGCCCCAAUUUCUGUGUACUAGUGUUUUUUCUUUUCUCAGUCUCGAAUUGUUUCUCUCUUUUUUCUUGGUUCUCUUCCUUCCAAUGGCUUCCAGUGCUUCGAGAUUCAUCAAGUGUGUGACAGUAGGAGAUGGGGCUGUUGGCAAGACCUGCAUGCUUAUCUGCUAUACUAGUAACAAGUUCCCAACUGAUUACAUUCCAACAGUGUUUGAUAACUUCAGCGCAAAUGUGGUAGUUGAAGGCAUCACUGUCAACUUAGGCCUUUGGGACACAGCUGGACAAGAGGAUUACAAUAGAUUAAGGCCCUUAAGCUACAGAGGGGCAGAUGUAUUUGUAUUGGCUUUCUCAUUGGUUAGUCGGGCAAGCUAUGAGAAUGUGCUAAAAAAGUGGAUCCCAGAGCUUCAACAUUUUGCCCCUGGGGUGCCUGUUGUACUGGUUGGUACUAAAUUGGAUCUUCGUGAUGAUAAGCACUACUUGGCUGAUCAUCCUGGAUUGGUGCCUGUGACCACUGCACAGGGGGAGGAACUUCGCAAACAGAUAGGUGCAGCCUACUACAUUGAAUGCAGCUCAAAAACACAGCAGAACGUGAAAGCGGUUUUUGAUGCUGCGAUCAAGGUUGUCAUCAAGCCACCCCAGAAGCAAAAGGAAAAGAAGAAAAAGCCAAGUCGAGGAUGCCUAAUAAAUGUCUUCUGUGGGAGGAACCUUGUGCAAUUUAAAUGAAGUAGAUCCAGCUAAGAACAACAUCAAAUCAAACAUCAUUUACCACAAUCCAACACUAAUGCUCCCUACAAAAUCUUCAUUCCAUCGGAUCUGUGAGUUUUUUUUUCUUUUUUUUUUUGUGCAACCCUUUAACCGAUUGCAUAGAAUAUCUUUCCCAAUGUCACUUUUGUAGCUGUGUCCAUUUAAAGUCAUACGAUCCAAUUAUUGUGAAGAAUAUAUGUUUUGGACACUAAUUCUUGUGUUUUAUUUUAUUUGUAAUGUAAUAUAGAUUUAUAAGAAUUAUAGCUGUUCCUGUAAUCCUGUUGUUGAUAUAAAAGAUAAAGAUGUAUGGUAACAGCUUUCUCAAAAAUAGGAUAUGCAUAUUGCCAUUCCUUGUUAAUGGCGUUAUUGGUGUUUAAACUCGUGGUUUCUUACAUUGUGUUCAAAUGUGUAUUUUAUUAUUAUUAUUUUUUUUAAUAAUUGUUAAAGGCAGUU